AUGCUUUCGCCUGCCGCCAGCGACGGCUCAGGCGCCGGAUUCCAAGAGGAUCUCAAUAAUGUUCUCUGCUGUCCCGAUUGUCGGGAAAUUCCUCCAAACCUGGUAGAGGAAUUCUCGAGCGGAGACAUGGUGUGUCAGAGCUGUGGUGUCGUGGUAGGCACGCGCAUCAUCGACACGCGAUCUGAAUGGCGUACAUUUGCCAACGAUGACCAGAACGGCGAUGAUCCCAGCCGUGUGGGUGGCCCUCAGGACGAGUUUGUCGAGGGACAGCAGCUCGCCACGUCGGUUGCUUUUUCCGAAUCUCGCCAGCACAAGAAUCUAUUGCGUGUGCAGAACAAUACCAAUCAGGACAAGCAGCAGAAGGGCCUAAUGCAAGCAUACAAGGAAAUUGUGUCGCUGUGCGAGGCUAUUAAUAUGGGUCAGAAUGUAUCUAAUGCCGCCAAGCACAUCUUCAAGCUGGUGGACAAGUACAAGUUCAUGAAGGGCAAGCCGCAGGAGGCUGUGAUUGCAGGCUGUAUCUUCAUCGCCUGUCGUCAGAACAAUGUUCCGCGCACUUUCAGAGAAAUCUUCAAUCUGACGAGCGUGAGCAAGAAGGAAGUUGGUAGGGUCUUUAAGCAGUUGCAAAACUUUUUGCAAAAGCUUCAGGACACAGAGGGCGAGGGUGCCACUGGCCUCAACACCGUGACCAACUACGAAAACACGUCGGUUGGUGCAGAAGACCUCUGCAGCCGCUACGUCUCGCAGCUUGGCUUCAAGAGCCAGCAAAAAAUUUCCAAGAUUUCGCGGGAUCUUGCGGAGCAGGCCAAUGACAUUUCGGCGCUGGCUGGUCGGUCGCCGCUCUCGGUGGCGGCUGCGUGCAUCUACAUGGCGUGCCACCUGGUCGGGGAGCCGCGUGCGUCGCUGCCCAUUGCCAAGCAGGCUGGCGUCAGCGACGGCACGGUCAAGACGGCGUAUAAGCACCUGUUUGCGGCGCGCGAACGUCUGAUUAAGAAGGAAUGGCUUGAUGACGGUGGCAACAUGGACAAUAUCCCGCAGGUGCAGGUCUAG